AUGGAUGUCAAAAAUGCCUUUUUGAAUGGCGAUCUUCACGAAGAAGUUUAUAUGGUCCCUCCUCCUGGUCUUGAUCAUCAUCCUGGCAAAGUUUGUAGACUUAGGAAGGUUCUUUAUGGUCUCAAACAAGCUCCUCACGCUUGGUUUGAGAAGUUUUCUACUGUAAUUACUUCACUUGGUGAUGAUGUUGUCGGGAUUAGUCUGUUAAAGUCCGAACUGACUCGUUGUUUUGCUAUGAAGGACUUGGGUUCCCUUCGUUACUUCUUGGGGAUUGAAGUUGCUUCUUCUCCAAAAGGGUAUCUUCUUUCUCAAUUUAAGUAUAUUUUUGAUAUUUUUGAGCAUGCUCGCCUUUCUGAUAAUAAGACUAUUGAUACUCCAAUUGAGCUCAACGCUCGUUAUUUUGCUUCUGAUGGUUCUCUACUGCCGGAUCCGAGUCUGUAUCGGACUGUUGUUGGAAGUCUGAUUUAUCUUACUAUCACUUGUCUGAUUUAUCUUACUAUCACUUGUCCUAAUAUUUCAUAUGCUAUUCAUAUAGUCAGUCAGUUUGUUACUUCUCCUACUAUAAUUCAUUGGGUUGCUGUUCUUCGCAUUUUGAGAUACCUUCGCGGCACUCAGUUUCAGACUCUUAUAUUUUCAUCUGCUUCAUCUUUAGAGUUAUGUGCUUACUCUGAUGCUGAUUGGGCUGGUGAUCCCACUGACCGCAAAUCAACUACUGAAUUUUGUAUUUUUCUAGGUGAUUUCCUUAUCUCUUGGAAAAGUAAGAAGCAAGACGUCAUUUCUCGAUCCUCAACGGAGGCUGAAUAUCGCGCUAUGGCUUCCACUACUUGUGAAAUAGUUUGGUUGCGAUAG